AUGAAGUUUUCUAUUGUCGCUAAACUGGGGGCGGUGCAGGCCGUGUUGGGUUGUGCCAAUGCUUAUCUGUACAACGACACCAUUGUAACCAAAUACGGCUCUGUAAAGGGGGUUCCAGCGCUUAAUGAUACCUGCUGCUCAUACCUACCUGGCUACGAGAGUGUCACUGUAUGGAGAGGGAUUCCUUUCGCGGCAACCACCGGCGGCGAGAACCGAUGGAAGCCUCCACAACCCCGUGCUCCAUGGAAUACCACAUAUAUAGCUGAUACCUUUGGGUCGGGGUGUCCAGCAGGCACUGCGCCGACUGGUGCCGCUGAUACAGUCUACGACGAAGACUGUCUGAAUCUAAACAUCUGGUCUGCGGCCAACUCAACGGCCGAGAAGCGGCCCGUGAUGAUCUGGAGCUAUCCUGCUGGUGCCAACAGUGCAUGGAGUAUGUUUGACGGGGGCGGAUUGGCGCUCAAGGACAUUGUGGUUAUCACCUACAAUUAUCGCACCGGCCCAUAUGGCUGGCUGGCAUUGCCGGAGCUGUGGGAGGAAUCCGGAAACAUCACGACAGGCAGUUACGGCAUCUUGGACCAGAUUGCGGCGUUGAAAUGGGUGCAUGAGAACAUUGCAGACUUUGGCGGCGACCCCGAUCGCAUCACCACCGUCGGACAGUCUGCCGGAAGCGCCGCUGUAUAUCACACGGUCAACAGCCCUCUGGCCAAGGGGCUCAUCGUAGGCGCCAUUGCGGAGAGUGGGAUACGGGAUCCUCAUGACCCUGCAGCCACUGAGCUUGCAGAAGGAUACAACAACAUGUCGACGUCCUUGGCAUUGGGCGCCGAAUUGAAAUCCACCCUCAACGUGACAACACUGGAGGAACUCCGCCAGGUUUCCGCGGAAACUAUCAACUCUAAUAGUGGUUUUACUUCAUUUCAAAACUGGAGAGGCACUUUGGAUGGUUACGCCCUUGUUGAAACGUACUGGGAAGAACUGAAAAAGGGACCUGCCAACGACGUGCCCUUUAUCACCGGCAACACAAAGGACGAAUCUGGCGCUGCUUACGGCGCAAAUGUGACGGUGGCUGAUUAUAUCGAUACCAUCAAUUCCACAUAUGGCUCUUUCGCCACCCAAUUUCUAGAGACAUACCCAGCGGACAAUUCCACGCAGGCAUCCAUGAACACAAAUCUCAUCGCACGGGACAUAUCUCUGGUGGGUUCCUGGAACUUUGGCAACUACUGGGCUCAAUCUGCUUCCUCGCCCUUCUACACGUACUACUGGGAUCAUGCGCCACCCGGACAGGACCAGGGAGCGCACCAUAUGUCGGAGAUCACGUACGUAUUUAAUAACCUUUACGGAACUGAUCUGCCCUGGCAGUCGGUCGACUAUGAAAUCGCGGAGACGCUUAGCAGUUACUGGGCGAAUUUCGUCAAGACCUCGAAUCCAAAUACUGGAGGUAGCUAUGGUGGAAACGGCACAUUGGCACACUGGGCCCCAAGUGAGAGUUCUAGAGCGACUACAUUCCAUCUUGCACCACCUGCGCCAAUCAAUAAAAAUGGGUUGCCCGUGGGAUAUGCACAGGUUCCAGUUGCCACGCAGGACCACAUCACUUUGUUGAAUAAGUUUUUCCUGAGCAGAGUGCCGCUCUAG